CCUCGACGCCGACAUCAGAACAAUACUCACCAUACCCCAAAAUUGUGAAAAGCGCCUGCACACUCGCUUGUAGCUCAAUUCUCACAACUGCGAGACCUCAACUACGGUUCUUCAACUUCCAACAUGGAGCACAUCUCGCAGUCCCCGGUGACGGUGAUUGUCAACAGCAUAAAGGGCCAGAAUAUCGCCUUCACCACACCAAAGGACGCCUCCCUCACAUCGCUAUAUGACACACUGUACGAACGUGCGCCAUGGAUUCAGAACUCUUCCUACAUCCUCACCACAAACUCCCGUCGAGCGGUCCGCCAUGCUGAAGAGCCUGUCUCCAGCCUCCUCUCCUCGCCGUCAGACACCUUCCUCUCGCUGCGCCUGACUGUGCCGCUGUGUGGUGGCAAGGGCGGUUUUGGAUCGAUACUGCGCGCUCAGGGCGGCCGCAUGUCGUCGCGCAAGAAGAAGAACCAGCAGGACGCAAACGCCUCUUCACGAAACCUAGAUGGUCGACGACUGCGCACUGUCGCUGAGGCAAAGAAUCUUGCCGAAUACCUUGCGAUCAAGCCUGAAAUGGAGCAGCGUGAAAAGGAUGAGCGCAGGAAGAGGUGGGAAGAUAUUGUAGCCAGCACAGAGCGAAAGCAGGAAGAGCUACAGAACGCAGGCGGUAAGGCACGCUUAGACGGCAAGUGGCUUGAAGACAAGGAAGAGGCUGAGAACAGGACAAAGGAAGCCAUCGAGAAGAUGCUUUUGGCGCAGAUGGAGAUGGAAAGCUCGGAAGAAGACGAGGACGAGACUAGGCCCGCUGCUUCAUCAUCGAAGCCUGCGCAGCAGCGCCCCAUGUUCGGCUGGGAUGACGAGGACGACGAGUUCAUGAGCGACAGCGACGAAGAGGAGGAGGUCUCCGAAGAAGAUGCCAAGCAGGCAAAAUUCGAGGGCAAAGGGAAGGGAAAAGCAGCGUAAUUGCACGAACCUUCCGUUUGGAAAGAGCAGCGGUGCAACAGGAGUUAUUACAGCACUCGGUUCAGGCGUUCUUUCAGCGAUUCAUUCGAUACCCGGCUUGUACACUGGUGUUUGGUGAGCACGACGAACAAUAAGUAUUGUCAUCUCCACAAUCCACACGAACUCCAUAAACAUCAU